AUGCAGCGCACGCAGACCAACCCGAAUCUCCCCAUCGUCAGCCCGAGUGCAUCCACAGACAAUCCCCAGCCAGCACCAGACAAGCGCUUGGUCCAGAUGAACAUCGAGAAAGAGCUGGCUUCCCUGACGACCACCCUGUGUCUGGUGAAGAUCGAGGACGCCUUCCCGUCCCGGCCACGAGCAUCAUCCAACUUGGAAGCUGUACUGCGACGACUGUGGAUGGAGGGCAAACUGGUGCGCAGAGACGUGCGCAUGCGCACGAGGGGGAAGAAGGACAAGGCCACCGCCGCGCCAGGAAGCAGACUACGGCGACGACGACGCGUUGCCGACCGGGACCAGCGGGGCGUCAUUCCAAACGUACGGUGA